GGAAGCGGCGGCUGUUUUGCUGGGCCGCCAUGGUGUGCGAGAAGUGUGAGAGGAAGCUGGGCACGGUGAUCACUCCUGAUACGUGGAAGGAUGGGGCGAGAAACACCACAGAAAGCGGUGGCCGAAAGCUGAAUGAAAACAAGGCAUUGACCUCAAAGAAGGCAAGGUUUGAUCCUUAUGGAAAGAACAAGUUUGCAAUAUGUCGAAUUUGUAAGAGUUCUGUCCAUCAGCCAGGGUCUCACUAUUGUCAAGGAUGUGCCUAUAAAAAAGGCAUCUGCUCAAUGUGUGGCAAGAAGGUCUUGGAUACGAAGAACUACAAGCAAACUUCUGUCUAAUUACAUUGAUCAGUUUCUCAUGAACUUCUGACUUCUGCAUCUUUGUACAUUGACCUUUGUCCAAUAUUGUUUGUGAAUAUUACUUUCUGGAAGAUAAUACACUUAACUUGGAAUGAGUUUAGGGGAGAAGACAGCCUGGUUGUUUCUGUAGAAAUGAACACGGUAUUUGAUUUUUGUUGUUUUAGCACUAAUGUUAACUACUGUUUAAAGGUAAUGAUUUGCAGCAGCUGAUACAGCUCAAAGUGAUAGGUUGAAACUGUGUUACUAUCAUAUCAGAUCCUUGAGAUUAGCACUUGCUGUUCUGUUGUCCUAUCUGGAAUCUUCUGCUUGUUUGGUUGUAAAUAGUUAACAGAUACAUAAAUAUGAGCUUAUAUGACCUCAUUAAAGUACUAUCAUGAAUUACUUCUGUGCUUAUAGGUAUUUAUAUUUAUGCUCAUCCCUAACUAUUAUGUCCUGCGCUUUGAAGUGCUGCUUUUCAGAGUUUAAUUCCGUUGUUCUGAUCCAGCAGUAGGGUUUGUUGAAUCACAGGCUGUUAGACUACUGAAAUGCAGUGUGUUACUCUGCUAGUUCUUACUUUUGCAGCAAGAUUGAUUAGCUAUUCCCCUGUCAAAUCCUAAGCAGAUUUUGCAUACAGCAUCUGGUGGCCCAAGGCAAAAGAACAAUGAGCAUCGCUUUCUCAUGCCAGGUAUCAGUCUCCUUAUUUCCUAAGUUAGUGUGGUUUCCAAACACUUGUUUUGAAACUGGUUCUUGAAUUCUGUGAUGUAAUUGUUUAUUCAGAUUGAAAGAUCAAAACAGGCUGCCUUCCCCUUAGCACUGUUUGGAGAUCAGAGUGGAAGCAAGCACCUGUGGACAUGUGAGGCUGCAUUUCUUUCAUCCUUUUGUAAAUUCUACAUAAGGAAGCAAUUACAAAGAAUAAUAACUUGAAUUCAUGGUAGGAUUUUAACUAGACCUUUUUGUUUAUUCCUCUUGCCAUCUAUUCUUAGCAAAUCCUUACAGUUUUGCAACUUAUUUUCAACCAUAAUGGUGAAAAUAUCCAUAGGAAUUUCCCUAUGAAUAGAUUUUCUAGUUUAAAUUUCCUUUUGUUCUGUUAGCUACUACAGAGACAACUGCAUGUGUGAUAGAGACUGAACAAUCACUGUUCUUUCUGUGUGUUAAUGUGAAAAACUGAACAGAAAGUGCAUGGAGUAGCUCAUGUACAGUAACAUCGAUUCUAGCGUCGGCGUACAUCCCUAUAGUUGACCAAGUAGUUAGUAUUACGUAUGGACUGUUGUCCUGUGCAACAACAAUUCUACAAUGCACAGGCCCUGACAACCAUCAAGAGGCCCAAAUGAGACCAUGGUUAGUGCUGAGCCUAUGUUCUAGAGAACAUCUUUCGUGUCAUGCUGGAAACAAUAUUUUGUAGUGAGGUGAUUCAAUUUGGUUACCACCUGCUGGAUUUAUGUAAGGCAGUUGUGCUGAAGGAUCUCACUUGAACGUACUUGUUUUCUGCCUCUUUUUUGUCCUGUACAGCUAUAGGGUAUUUUAUGUGCAAGUGGUAUCACUUAUUGCACUGGCAGUAUUGCAUUAAAUGUAUGAAGGCUAUUAGAACUGAAGGUUAUAAGCCAAGUAAUUCUAACCAUGUGAAAGGAUUAACUGGGGGAAUGUAACUGGACAUCUAUGCAAGUCACUUCUUGUGGUAGUAAGUGGUAUUUUAAAACAAUUGCAAAAACUCCCACGUUCGUAGGAAAUCUAAAAAUCACCGGUAAGGUGGUUUGGGGAUUUUUAAGGUACCCUGUAAGUCAUUGGUAGGAGUUCCUGUGGUUUUUAUUAGAUGAUAAAAUGGAUAUGUAUAUAUAUAUAUUUUCUCCUGUAAUUGGGUUAGACAAUUUUCAUCACUUUAAGCUUCCAACUUAGCCUUCACCUUCAGCUUUUUGAUCAGACUUACUCAAGGUGAUUUCAAAUGAAGGAUCAUUUGAUAUUCUGCAAACUCUUCAUUCUUUGUGUAUUUGUUCUAUAAGAUUGGUUUUGCCAUUCUGUAUAUAAAGUUUUUCUUGCCUUCCUAAUGCUUUCCUGCAUCUUUAUUUCAAAAAUAUGACUGUAAUUCUUGAAUACGUUGUAUCAAUUCAAGGUUAUUUCACACUGUAAAUACUGUCUUGAGUAAAUGUGUACUUCAUUUUUCACAUGUAAA